UCCAGGUACAUGAGCAUCAGUGACGAGUGGGAGACUCCUGAGAAGCAGCCCUUCAAGGACUUUGGUAACAUGCGUCACUGGAUGGAGGACCCUGACUGUCGUGACCAGUACAGCGUCAUCUACGAAUCAGGAGAGAGGACCGCCAUCUUCAACAACGACGCCAAGGAUCCAAUCGUCUCCGAGGAGAGGGCGCGCUGGACGGAGACCUAUGUGCGCUGGUCUCCCAAGGGAACCUACCUGGCCACGUUCCACCAGCGAGGCAUUGCAUUGUGGGGCGGAGAGAAGUUCAAGCAGAUCCAACGUUUCAGCCACCAGGGAGUGUCUCUGAUCGACUUCUCCCCCUGCGAGAGGUACGUGGUGACGUUCAGUCCCCUGAUGGACACUAAGGAGGACCCCCAGGCCAUCAUCAUCUGGGACAUUCUGACUGGCCAGAAGAAGAGAGGCUUUCACUGUGAGAGCUCCGCCCACUGGCCCAUCUUCAAGUGGAGUCACGAUGGGAAGUUCUUUGCCAGGAUGACCCAGGACACACUGAGCAUCUACGAGACCCCAUCCAUGGGCCUGUUGGAUAAGAAGAGUCUGAAGAUUAGUGGCAUCAAGGACUUCUCCUGGUCCCCAGGCGAUAACAUCAUAGCGUUCUGGGUCCCCGAGGACAAAGACAUCCCAGCCAGAGUGACUCUGAUGCAGCUUCCCUCCAGACAGGAGAUCAGAGUCAGGAACCUCUUCAAUGUGGUGGACUGUAAACUCCACUGGCAGAGACAGGGAGACUACCUCUGUGUCAAGGUGGACCGGACACCUAAAGGAACUCAGGGUGUGGUGACCAACUUUGAGAUCUUCAGGAUGAGAGAGAAGCAGGUUCCUGUUGACGUGGUGGAGAUGAAGGGAGGCAUCAUAGCGUUUGCCUGGGAACCCAACGGCAGUAAGUUUGCCGUCCUGCACGGUGAAUCUCCCAGAAUCAACGCCUCGUUCUACCACGUCAAGAACAACGGGAAGAUAGAACUCAUCAAGAUGUUUGACAAGCAGCAGGCCAACAGCAUCUUCUGGAGUCCUCAGGGACAGUUCAUGGUGCUGGCUGGACUCAGGAGUAUGAAUGGGGCCCUGGCGUUUGUGGACACCUCUGACUGCACCAUGAUGAACAUGGUUGAACACUACAUGGCCUCUGACGUAGAGUGGGACCCUACGGGACGAUACCUGGUGACCUCUGUGUCCUGGUGGAGUCACAAGGUGGACAAUGCCUAUUGGCUGUGGACCUUCCAGGGGCGUCUCCUCCAGAAGAACAACAAGGACCGUUUCUGUCAGCUACUCUGGAGACCUCGGCCUGCUACCCUGCUCACACAGGACUCCAUCAAGGUGAUAAAGAAGGACCUGAAGAAGUACUCUAAGAUCUUUGAGCAGAAGGAUCGCCUGAGCCAGUCGAAGGCCUCCAGGGAGCUGGUGGACAAGAGGAGGAGCAUGAUGGAGGACUACCGUACCUACCGGGAGGCUGCCCUGCAGCAGCACCACGAACAGAAGACUGCCCGCCUGCAGCUCCGAGGAGGAGUGGACACUGACGAGCUGGACAGUAACACAGAUGACUGGGAGGAGGAGACCAUUGAGUUUUUAUCAACGAAGAAAUCAUUCCCCUCGGAGAGUAGUCCCCUUCGCAGGUCCAUUUUUGCGUGGGGACUAGAGGGGGGGGGCGUUGCCUUGUCGACUGGAGGAGGGAAAACUACGCUGAGAAUCUUGGGAGUCGCCAGAGUUCCACCAUUCUCUCUUUGUGACAUCAUCAAAGCGUGCCUUGUGGUAUAGCGACUACAGCAAGCUAACAACUGAGGGAGGAGGGAGGAAACCAACUUUUAAACUCUUAAUUUUUUAUUCAUCACCUUGGU